AUGGGGAACCACAAACCCUCUGAACCGGGAGGUCGAACCACAGACCCUCUGAACCACACAGACCCUCUGGACGUGAUGGAGACACCUCAGACCACAGACCCUCUGAUCCGUGAGGUAGACCACAGACCCUCUGACCGUGAGGUAGACCACAGAUCCCCCUGGAACCGUGAGGGAGACCACAGACCCCUACUUAAACGGGAGACCACAGACCCACUGAACCGUGAGGAGACCAACAGACCCUCUGAACCGUAUGUACGUAGACCACUAGACUCCUCUGACCGUAAGGUAAACCACAGACCCUCUGAACCGGAGGUAGACCACAGACCCUCUGAACCGAAGAGUGGACCCACAGGACCCUCUGAACCGUGGAAAAAAAAGAUGGACCACAGACCCUCAGAAAACGUGAAGGGAGACCACAACCCUCAGAACCGUGAGGUGGACCACAGACACUCUGAACCUGGACACCCACAGACCCCUCUGAACCGUGAGGUAGAAACCACAGACCCUCUGAACCGUGAGGUGGACACAGACUCCUCUGACCGUGAGGUAGACCACAGACCCUCUGAACCCGGACCAGCACAGGGACCAGCACAGGGACCAGCACAGGGACCAGCACAGGGACCAGCACAGGGACCAGCACAGGGACCAGCACAAGACCAGCACAAGACCAGCACAGGGACCAGCACAGGGACCAGCACAGGAAUCAGCACAGGGACCAGCACAGGAAUCAGCACAGGGACCAGCACAGGGACCAGCACAGGGACCAGCACAGGGACCAGCACAAGACCAGCACAAGACCAGCACAGGGACCAGCACAGGGACCAGCACAGGGACCAGCACAAGACCAGCACAAGACCAGCACAGGGACCAGCACAGGGACCAGCACAGGAAUCAGCACAGGGACCAGCACAGGGACCAGCACAGGGACCAGCACAGGGACCAGCACAGGAAUCACACAGGGACCAGCACAGGGACCAGCACAGGGACCAGCACAGGGACCAGCACAGGGACCAGCACAGGGACCAGCACAAGACCAGCACAAGACCAGCACAGGGACCAGCACAGGGACCAGCACAGGAAUCAGCACAGGGACCAGCACAGGAAUCAGCACAGGGACCAGCACAAGACCAGCACAGGGACCAGCACAGGGACCAGCACAGGGACCAGCACAGGAAUCAGCAAAGGGACCAGCAUAAGACCAGCACAGGGACCAGCACAGGGACCAGCACAGGGACCAGCACAGGGACCAGCACAGGGAUCAGCACAAGACCAGCACAGGGACCAGCACAGGCAUCAGCACAGGGAUCAGCACAAGACCAGCACAGGGACCAGCACAGGCAUCAGCACAGGGACCAGCACAAGACCAGCACAAGACCAGCACAGGGACCAGCACAGGGACCAGCACAGGGACCAGCACAGGAAUCAUCACAGGGACCAGCACAAGACCAGCACAGGGACCAGCACAGGGACCAGCACAAGACCAGCACAGGGACCAGCACAAGACCAGCACAAGACCAGCACAGGGACCAGCACAGGAAUCAGCACAGGGACCAGCACAAGACCAGCACAGGGACCAGCACAAGACCAGCACAGGGACCAGCACAGGGACCAGCACAGGGACCAGCACAAGACCAGCACAAGACCAGCACAGGGACCAGCACAGGGACCAGCACAGGAAUCAGCACAGGGACCAGCACAGGAAUCAGCACAGGGACCAGCACAAGACCAGCACAGGAACCAGCACAGGGACCACACAGGGACCAGCACAGGAAUCAGCACAGGGACCAGCACAAGACCAGCACAGGGACCAGCACAGGCAUCAGCACAGGGACCAGCACAAGACCAGCACAAGACCAGCACAGGGACCAGCACAAGACCAGCACAGGGACCAGCACAGGGACCAGCACAGGAAUCAGCACAGGGACCAGCACAAGACCAGCACAGGGACCAGCACAGGGACCAGCACAAGACCAGCACAAGACAGCACAGGGACCAGCCACAGGAAUCAGCACAGGGACCAGCACAGGGACCAGCACAGGGACCAACACAGGAAUCAGCACAGGGAUCAGCACAGGGACCAGCACAAGACCAGCACAGGGACCAGCACAAGACCAGCACAGGAAUCAGCACAGGGACCAGCACAGGGACCAGCACAAGACCAGCACAGGGACCAGCACAGGGACCAGCACAAGACCAGCACAAGACAGCACAGGGACCAGCACAGGAAUCAGCACAGGGACCAGCACAGGGACCAGCACAGGGACCAGCACAGGAAUCAGCACAGGGAUCAGCACAGGGACCAGCACAAGACCAGCACAGGGACCAACACAGGAAUCAGCACAGGGACCAGCACAGGGACCAGCACAGGGACCAGCACAGGGACCAGCACAGGAAUCAGCACAGGGAUCAGCACAGGGACCAGCACAAGACCAGCACAGGGACCAGCACAAGACCAGCACAGGAAUCAGCACAGGGACCAGCACAGGGACCAGCACAGGGACCAGCACAGGGACCAGCACAAGACCAGCACAGGGACCAGCACAGGGACCAGCACAGGAAUCAGCACAGGGACCAGCAUAA